AUGAGCGAGACACACAACGACCCGAUGGCCGUGCUGGAGGAAAUAUACAAUGAAGCUGACCUAGAGAAAGAAGAUCAGAAGAGUACUUUACGCAACUGGGCCCGAGCCUUUCUUGCAAAGAAGAUCGAAAAGUCAGGAGAGACCAAUAUUCUGAUUCUUCAGAAAAGCGAGCAAUGGAAAGAUCGAUUCAUGGGACUUAGGAAGAAGAAUGAGCUGUUUAACAAGGACUGUAGCGAGACAGAGGACGACCUACUUCUUAACAAGGCCCUCGAAGCCCUUGAAAAGGGAGAGAAGAAAGACCAAGACGGCGAGGAUGGAAAAAAGGACGACACGAAGCAGCUGGGCGGCUUAACCCCUAGGGAGCUCGAAAGCCUCUGCCAGUGUUUUCCCGAAAUCUUUAACCAGCUUGUUGAACAAUGUGAAGCGGAGAAAAGAGCCAAGGACGAGAAGGAGAAAAGGAAGAAGGAAAAGGAGAAACAAGACCAAGAUGAAAAUGCGGAAGCCAAGGAGAAGGACAAGGAAGAAAAGCCAUUAUCAUGCGCGCACCAGUGCUCCCAUUACCACACUUCCCCUUCUCCCGCUUUCCAUGGCCAAGAGCAUCCUUACGUUUCGCACGAUCUAUAUUCUUGCCCUCAUGGCCUUGAUUCCGGAGCAUACCUGUAUCCCGCCCAAAUUCCUGCGGUGUAUGGGCGUCCCAGAACGCCGUACUAUCCGAUCCCACCUCACUAUUGA